AUGUCUGUGAAUUCUCAGGCGGUCCAAGUAUGGGGCCACCGAAUAGUUGGCUCGCAUUGUUACAGUGGCCUCACAUUGUUGUUGAUCCUCACGCAGCUGGCCUCAAAAACCCCUGAAAAGGUCAAGCAACGAGGACGAUCGUCGAUCACAAGCAAACCCACCCACAGCAUCCAUGUCUCGUCAACGCCACUGGGGGCGAAACGAUACGUCAGGGUUGUCCGGCCCGAGCCUGUCCUGUGGGGACUUUGGUGA